AUGGAGUCAAACAAGAUCUUCAACGAAUUGAUUGAUUCAAGGCUGUACAAUAACCAAGAUACCCAGCAUGUAAUACAGGAACUAGGAAAACAGUCCUUUGUAAAAAGCAAACCCUCAACAGCCACGCCCAGCAAAAGCCAGCCCCUGAAUGGUCACCUGUCUAAAACCCUACCUGAAACAACUCUUCCCAAAGAAGAAAAUACAAAAAGAACCACAAAAAAGAAUUCCGAAAAAAAGAGGAAAAGAGAGUUCAAAGGGUACUGGAAAGAAAUGUAUCCCUGGCUUGAACAUGAAACUUCUAAUGAUGUAGUGUAUUGCAUGGUUUGCCGAAAUUAUCCAAAACUGGCGGACAUUACAAGUCCCCUUUACAAAGGUACAGUCGAACUUCGAUUAUCCGUACCUCAAUUAUCUGAACUUUUUCUCUAUGAGAACUUAGCCUUCAGCAAGUUUAAAGGACUCUGCGAUUUGCAGGAAAAGAAUGGUCUUGAUUUUGGAAGCCAGUACAAGAACAAUAAGGAGUUGGUCUAUGUUCGCUGCACAGGAACCAACGGGCGGCCCUCCACUCACUUUGCAGACCUUGUUCCUGUUACAUCUGCUGAUGCCCCUGGGGUUACUGCUGCUAUUCACAAAGGUCUUCAAACUUUAAGUAUAGAUGAAACUGUCUUGAAGAAAAAAUUGGCCUGCUGUAACUUUGAUGGAACUAGUGUCAUGAUGGGGAAGAAAAGCGGAGUUGCAAAACAGCUUCAAGAUAUAGCCCAGCAUCCAGUUUGUAUCGUACACUGUGUGGCACACAAUCUCGAGUUGGCUGUGCUAGAUGCAAUAAAGCAAACGACCUACUUGGCCAUAUUUGAAGAAACUGUAGUCAGUAUUUAAAUUCUACUUCUACUCUCCAAAACGUCGCCGUGAAGUUAAUGAAAUUGCAGCUAUACUCAACCAAGAUCAUGUUUACUACAGUGGAUUACAGAAGACAAGGUGGGUAGCCAGCCCAUCCAGAGAAACGAG